AUGACAUCACGAAUGAGUACCAAACGCUGCCGGCCCGCAUCAAACCAAGGUGCACGAUGCUCUGCUGCUGAGGAUGGCAGGCUACAGGCGCUCGGCAGAGAAUACGUGGUGCUCAAAGUGGGCGCCCUUGGCCAGAAUGAAUCCUUCCCACACGCCAACAUCCGCCAACGUCCGCCAACGUCCGCCAACGUCCGCCAACGACGCCAACGCAGAAACGUUACACAACGGCCAAAUGUCCCAUGGAAGGAAUUCAUCGUCUACUUCCGUCUCCGACAAGCCUCCAACAAGGCGCGGGAGAGCGUUGAAUCUCAGUCGUCGACUCAUGGCCGCACUGUCAAACUGUCAGCUCCUUCGCACCAUCAUGACGGCCAGCUCCAGAGCAACGGUCCCAAGAUUGCGGGUCCAACGCCGAACGUUGCGCACCAGGAUUCGUCCAAGCUUCUCCCUCGCCCUGUCUCGCAUUCUCCCCGUACAGUCGCCGUACAGUCGCCGUACUGUACGAAAUAA